AUGGCCCCUUCGCCGGCUCCUCACGAAAGGAGCACAUUCCCUACCGAACGCCCUGCUCCUCCGACAACCUCGACGUCGCCGCCUGCGCCGCGAAACGCGAUGCCCUCACAAGCGAGGAGUCAGCUCCCGGGCGCAUCAAGCGCCGCGCAGCCGUCCAACGGCAGCCCCAAGUCAGAUAAUGCCACUGCAGGCAGGCCUUCGCCCAACGCAUCUCGAAAAGAUGUCGCUGUAGCCCCCAAGAUUGUCGUUAAGAAGGAGCCAGUCUCGCCCGGCCUGCCCGCCUCAAGGCCCCGACCCAGACGUUUGGACUUGUCUAAGAACACUCUCGCUGGAGGAUCCAAUCCCCCUUCGGGCCACCCAAUGACGGCGCGUGAUGGACUGGGAAUUCAAGAAGUGGGCAUUGCCUGCCUUUCCCCAGGAUUUAUGACACAGGAUCCCGUGAUGAAGGAACAGCUUCAGCGAAGCAUGACGGUCCGAGAGCAACAGCGAAGCCUUAUCGAGGCAAGACUGCAACUGCAGCAGUCCGCCAAGGGUGACGGCCCAUCCGACAAGGACAAGGACUCACCGUUUGCGGCCAAGACACCAGGCAUGUCUCGCAGGAAUAAGGCGCCUCCCGGACUCUCCAUUGUUGCGCCCUCACAUCAGCAGUUUGCAAACGAAAGGGUCAUUCAGUCCGCGCCCCUUGGCCGUAGCUUCACCGGCCAGCACAUGCCGCCUUCCCGACACGCCCAACACCAGGCUUCUAACCUCUCAAGUACAUCCCACAUCCACCACGUCCACGCCCACCAGACCACAAAUCGGCUGCCGCCCAUUAGCGACGUCUUUGGCCAGAACCUCUCCGCGCAUCCCGAUAAUGGACCUCACACAUCCGCCCUCUACCCCAGCCACGCGGCUUCAAGGCCUCAGCUGUCUCCCGGCCUGCCGCCCGCUCACCACCAGCAGCAGCCCAUGUCUGGUCGUUUGAGGGAGUACAAGUCUGCAGAAGAGGCCCAGCAUGAGCUGGCCGGCGGACGACCAGAGCUGCUCCCCAGACUGGUCCACUACGGCGGUCCUCAGCCUCCCACGCCUCCCUCUCCCGCUGCUGGCGCCAACCGCCAUCCCGAAGCCGCUCGAAGCACCAGCAGGAGGCGAACGCGCGCCGAGUACGAGGAAGGCAGCAGUCCGCCGCUGGGCCAUGGCCCAGCUCCUACCCGCCGCGGUCCCUUUGGCGCCGGCCGUGACAGCCCCGAGACGCAACGAGCCAAGAAGGAGGAGUUCCUGCAGCUGUGUGCCAGAGCCUGGGAUCUGUUCCACUCAUAG